AUUUGAGGAAGAAGCAGCUACCAUAUUUUUCAUUCUCGCGCCAAGAAUAAGGGCUCUGGAAUUUGGACAGUCGAUUGGCAUUUGCAGAUUCAACUGAGGAGAAGAACACUAGCGCAAGAACAUGAGUUCCGCGACACAAGAUGGGAGCAACGGGUUUGUUCGUGGGGGUCGGGUAAACAAGACCGACAAGACUCGACGCAGUUGGUCUACUCAAGAGGAGGCAGUGCUGCUAGCGGCGUUGAAAGAAUUGGUGGUGCAAGGAUGGAAAUCCGACAACGGAUUUCGGCCAGGUUAUUUGACUAAGUUGGAGGAGGCUAUGAAAAAGGUAUUCCCAACCACUGACUUGAAAGGGAUGCCACAUAUAAACUCAAAAACCACGACAUGGAAGAAGCAAUACUAUUCGCUAACGCAAAUAUUGGGGAAUACUGGGGUGGGCUUCAAUGUGAAUGGCAUGCAUAUGGUGGAUUGUAAUGACGAGCAAUGGGAGCAAAUCAUCAAGGUUAGUAGGUGUUCAUAUUGUAAUAUUAAAUUCAGGUUGUACAAGAGUGUACCGAUCGGUCUCCGGGAUAUUGCAAAGAUACUUGAAACUCACGUAACGAUCUCGGAGAAACUCAACGCGUUCCUCGACGUCUCCGAAAGUAAAAUUAGCAUUAAACUUUGCGUUGAGUGUCUUCAUGGCGAAGAUGAGAGCGGGUGAUGGCAAAUGGGUCGGUGAUGGCAAAUGGGCCGAUGCUGGCUUACAUUCACCGACCAUGUGUAUCAAACAUUUGAGUAAGACGUCGUCUUUCUUUGCAUCCCAGUUGUGGAUGUAAAGAAAUGACGACUGAGGAGCAAUCUCCGGGAGCGGCAUCGAGUUGGACUUGGUGAAAUUUUCCUUAGGAU